ACCUCCCGGUGGGGAUGAGUUUCGAGGUUACGAGGCACAUGUUUACUCCGAAAGCUGUUCCAUUCAGAAUUAAUUCAGGAUUUAUACUCCACCAGAUAAACAGAUGGCAGCGCUGGUGCCUCAGGGUAAGAGUUGGAAGGAGCACAACAGACUCCACAAGGAGAAACGGAAAAAGUGGCGGGAGGAGCGUCUUGUGAAGAAAGUUAAGGUAGAUGAGCCAGAGGCAAAACCAGAGGAAAUCCCCCCGAAGAAGGAUAAAAUCAGGAUAUCCACCCUGAGCAUCGCAGUUCCAGGAUCGAUUUUGGAUAACGCACAAUCCCCAGAGCUUCGUACAUACCUGGCAGGUCAAAUAGCACGUGCGGCUUGCGUUAACAAAGUCGACGAGGUGAUUGUAUUCGACGAUCAAGGAGAAGUUACAGAAGUUGAUAAAAAAAAAUUGAAGAAGGACGAACACCUGGGGGAGGCCAGGGCCUCCUGCCUCCAGCUGGCGAGGAUUCUCCAGUACCUCGAGUGCCCCCAGUACCUGAGGAAGUACUUUUUCCCCAUUCACAAGGACCUACAGUACGCAGGUGUUCUCAAUCCCCUGGACGCACCUCAUCACCUGAGGGCCAGUGAUGUCUCGUUAUUUAGAGAGGGAGUCGUCGCAAAUAAACCCAUCAAGGCUGGCAGAGGGUCUCAGGUCAACGUGGGACUUCUCAACGAUGUUCACAUCGACAAAAUGCUGACUCCUGGACUCAGGGUCACCCUCAGGAUCCCUCCGGAUCAGGAGAAUCCGAAGAGAUUGAAAGGUACUGUUGUCUCUCCAACGACUCCACGUGCUGAAACGGGGGUAUACUGGGGCUAUACGGUCCGUUUAGCCUCGAGCAUCACUGAAGUAUUUUCAAAAUGCCCUUACGAGAAGGGCUACGACCUGACAAUAGGAACGUCAGACAAGGGAUCACCGAUCGACGAAAUUCCAUCGAGAAGUUUGGAAUACAGUCACGCCCUGAUGGUGUUUGGGGGUCUGGCAGGACUUGAGGCAGCCCUCGAGGCUGACGAAGGGCUCAACAUCGACGAUCCCAGUCUACUCUUCGAUAAAUAUCUCAAUACCUGUCCCGAGCAGGGCUCCAGAACGAUCAGAACAGAGGAAGCCAUUCUCAUUUCCCUUUCAGAGGUCAGGUGUAAAUUAAAACCUAAUACUCCUGCCCUCUCCAAUCCCCAAUUUCCAGUUCACAGCAAUUCUCACAGCAAAAAUACUGAUACGAUUAUUACUAGUGAAGGGAAAAAGAAGAGUACGAGAAUUUAUCAGUCAGACACUAGUGGAGAUGAGGGCAAAGAGUGAAUUUCAGGAGAAAUAAAAGAAUUCAAAGAUCAUGUAAUUACGAGAAUAAUAAACCUUAUUUUUAUUCUGAAA